UGCCACGUUUCAUCAGGCGUCCAAUAUAAGUAUCCCCCGCCCUUCACAAUCAAUCAUCUUCUGAAUUCCUCUCCACUCAUCCUUAAUACCUCCAAAGUCCGAACCAUUUUCCCAUCUCUUUUGUCAGUUCUUGACCUGUUUUGUGUCCGUUUCAUUUACAAGUUACAACCCACAGAGAAGCAGGAAGAGUGAAAAUAUGAGUCGUUUGUGGACGUUGCUUACUCAUGUUCAUGCAGUUUCUGGGCCAGUGUUGAUGUUGCUAUACCCCCUAUAUGCAUCUGUGAUGGCCAUAGAGAGCCCCUCCAAAUUGGAUGAUGAACAGUGGCUUGCUUAUUGGAUCAUCUACUCUUUUCUUACUCUCACAGAGAUGAUCCUCCAAUCCAUCCUAGAAUGGAUACCUAUCUGGUACACAUUGAAGUUAGCGUUGGUGGCAUGGCUAGUUCUACCGCAGUUCAGAGGGGCAGCUUUUAUAUACGAGAGAUUUGUGAGGGAAAAUAUAAAGAAAUAUACAGGAGCAAGAGAUCAUCAGCAUCAUUCCCAUCAAAGUUCCCCCAACGGCAGUGGCAAGGCCAAAAAGAAAUUUGUUCAAUUCAUAACCCCAAAGAAAGGAGAGCAGGAGCCUUACUGAUGAGGAAGAAGUGAUGAAGAAGGGUUUUUUGGUGGUGUGGAUUUAGAUUCAAUUAGCACAGUUGUGAAGUUAUGCUUUGUUCUUUACUUUAAAUUGCUGAUUGUAAAUCUGUCAAUGGUGAUGUCAUAGCGGUAGUAGGAAGGAUGGCAGAUGUUUUACCUAACCUUACUUGACUGUAACGCGUUCAUAUCAUUUUCUUCUGUAACCGUCUUUUUCAAGUCAAUACAAGCGCAGUUUCCACUCCU